AGAGCUGGAGGAAGAGCCACGCACCGGGGCGGCCCGCGGGACUGGCCAUCCUUGGGCCCCUCGACCCCCAGGCUUUGCAACAGCAGCUGGUGAAGGAGGUGGAGGAAGCAGGGGACCGAAACGAGGGAGGGGAUGAACAGCAGGAGGCGCCCCCCGGCGAGGAGCCGGAGCCCCGGACCCGCGGGACCCCGGACGGACUGGUCCUGGACGUACUGGGCCAUCGGCGCCCGCCCCCCGCCAAGAGACAAGUCUUCUGCUCCGUGUUCUGCGUGGAGAACGACCUGCCCGAGGUCCCCUCUGCGGAGCGGCUCUCGCUGCCUGCGUCGCCACCUCGAGCUCCGCCGGUGACCAACCCUCCCAGCACGCCCUCCUCCUUCCCCAGCCCCCCGCUGUCGCUCCCAGCGGACCCCCUGUCCCCCGACGGUGGCAGCAUCGAGCUGGAGUUCUACCUGGCGCCCGAGCCAUUUUCCGUGCCCAGCCUGCUGGGAUCUCCACCCUACUCUGGCUUGGGUGGGGUUGGGGAUCCCUAUGCGCCCCUCAUGGUGCUGAUGUGCCGGGUGUGCCUGGAAGACAAGCCCAUCAAGCCCUUGCCCUGCUGCAAGAAGGCCGUGUGCGAGGAGUGCCUCCGAGUCUACUUGAGCUCCCAGGUACAACUUGGCCAAGUGGAAAUCAAAUGCCCCAUCACAGAAUGUUUUGAAUUCCUGGAAGAAACAACAGUUAUCUAUAACUUAACGCAUGAAGACUCCAUCAAAUACAAGUACUUCCUGGAACUUGGCCGUAUUGAUUCCAGCACCAAGCCAUGUCCUCAGUGCAAGCACUUUACAACCUUCAAGAAAAAAGGACAUAUUCCCACCCCUUCCAGAUCAGAAAACAAAUACAAAAUCCAGUGCCCCACUUGCCAAUUCGUCUGGUGUUUCAAGUGCCACUCUCCUUGGCAUGAAGGAGUUAGCUGCAAGGAAUACAAAAAAGGAGACAAAUUGUUGCGCCACUGGGCCAGCGAGAUUGAACAUGGGCAGAGGAAUGCCCAGAAGUGUCCAAAAUGCAAGAUCCACAUCCAGAGAACUGAAGGGUGUGACCAUAUGACCUGCUCACAAUGUAACACUAAUUUUUGUUAUCGAUGUGGGGAGAGAUACCGCCAGCUCCGUUUCUUUGGAGACCACACAUCAAACCUCAGUAUAUUUGGAUGCAAAUAUCGCUACCUCCCAGAAAGACCUCAUCUAAGGAGACUAGUGCGAGGGUCGGUCUGUGCUGGAAAACUAUUCGUUGCACCUCUAAUCCUGGUCUUGGGAUUAGCACUAGGGGCCAUAGCAGUUGUAAUCGGUUUAUUUGUGUUUCCUAUCUAUUGCCUUUGUAAAAAACAGAGAAAACGAUCACGGACAGGAAUGCACUGGUGAAUGCAGACAACCUCACCUAAGUCAGCAGGGCCGGGUAGGAGCUGCACAGAAUUGUACACUCGUCCUGAAAACCGCCAAGAGGAACCUUCCACCAUCUCUUCUCCACAAUGCCUCUAGCUCCGGUGCAUUCCCACCAUGGUAUCCUGUCCUUUCCUUAUACAGAUUGCUGCUUUUACAAAAUGGUCACUUUCAUAGACUAGAAACAUCUAUAUCAUAACUCUGAUCUUCUUAAUGGUUCUUGGAAGAAAAUAUUUUCAUUAAGAACCAGUUAUCCUCAGCACUGUCUGAGCAUGCCUCUCCUGAGCAUUGCUUGGACUGUCUUUGUACCUGAACUUCCCUCCAGGCCCUCUUCUGAGACAUGGUGUGAAUAACUGAAGUCCCACCUGUACGAGCAAGCAAGGCCAUUUUUCAGAAGAUGAAGGCUCAUCAUAUGCCCUUGUUUCCAUCUGUGGCCCAAGCAGUAUAAUUCCUUCAUCCUUCAAAUGCUAUCUCUGUUAAAAAAAAAUCUCAAUGCCCAAAAGGGAACUAAUGAAACUAAAUUAAUGAGAAGAAUCGUGAGUUACUGAGGUGUAUAUGUGCAGGGGUGUGAAUGUGUGUAUAUACAUAUCUACAUUAAAACUAGGUCCAAUAACUUGUACUUGUCAAGUUCCAUGCCUCUACACUAUUUUUCCACAUUUUCAUGGAAAUAUUUAAAGAUGAUCGUUCUUUUGUGGGCAUAAUCUGCUCUCAUACUGAAUUAAAGCCAACAUAGACAACAGGUUACUUCAAUGUUGAGCCUUUCUGUUCCUUCUCUCUCUCUGUCUCACACACACACAGACACUUGUACAAUGUCUCCUCAAGGAUUAUCAAACUUUAUAAACUGACAAAACUGAUAGACUGCUUUUAGGAAAUGCUCAGGACCUGACCACCAGUCUUUUCAGAUUUCUUAUUUGUUGGCAUACUUGCUUUACUCUAUAUUUAAUUUAAAUAACAAGUUUGCUGUAGAGAGAACUGCUGAAAGCAGCCUUUAAACAAAUCCCUAUUCUGCUAAUUUUUUAACCAACUUAGAAUUACAAUAAUUAAGCUUUAAGUUAAACAUAUAUUAUUUAAAACCCCACCCUCUACCUCUGCUCAAUCUGUCUCUCUCAUUUGUCCCCAAGUUUUUCAUAAAAACAAAUACUAUUUUUGAAGGAUUUUUAUGUUUACUGCUUAAACACAUAAUAAAUGUGUUGGUAUCUUCUUACAGAGGGAUGAUUUGAAACAAAACUUUGUGUUUGUGGGUUUAUCUAAAAUAUAAAUUGCUUUUGGAGAAGAAAACAAAAAUAAAAAAUGAAGGAAAUAUUUUCAGGACAUUUUACCAAGCUGAGAAGUCUUUAAAAAUAAGAAAAGGACAAGUAACAAAACUAUGGGGUUUGUUUGUUUGUUUUCGUCACGAAUGUUCAUCAGCAGAAGGGAAGUAAAGACCCUAAGAAGCCUGUCCCACUUGUCUCCAAAUCCUUAGCAUUAGCUAUUGGCAUAGAUGUAGCAUUUAUCUGUCAGCAACCUCUUCUGAAUUGAAAUAGAUUAUGUGAUAAAACAUGCAUUAACAUGGAUGGUUUCUCUUGUUGGGCUCCAGAAUAUAAGAACAUGUAUCUUUUUUAUUUGAUCUAAAAAGUCCAUGAUUGUGAAGAUUACUUGCUUGGAUAAACAAGCCAGCACUUCCAUUCUUUCUGAAUGACACUCAGAAAAGCUAGACUGCUCAAUGGGUCUAUUUCCAGUUAGAGGAGGGUGUACCACUGAUGGUCCCGGAAUAGCAAUUUCUAAAGCAUAGUAUGAUAACAAGAAGGAGCAAUGCCUUGGCUUCCCAUUUCAUCUUUCCAUUCAUCCAACCUUCUAUCCAUCCAACAAAUAUUUAUUGAGUGCCUAUUUUAUGUGCUCUAGUAUUAAAGCUGAGAGAAUAGAAUUUCUAGCCCUAAAUCUAUGUAAUUCUGUUGUAAGAGUGCUUAAUUUUUGUAAAUCAGUCUCUCUUUUCCUGGACUUAGGUGUAGGUUGAUGAUGUGUGCAUAUGAUGAAUUCUAAACCUAGUGGGUGUGUUUAUGUAUGGUAUAUGUAUGUGUCUAUAUUUAGAUAUAUGUACAUAGCUGCAUAUGAAUACAUAUAUACCAACUGGCUAAAUAAUAUACUCUCUGUCCUGGGUAAUCUAUUUUCUUAGGUUAUUGUAUCUGUUGUCUUUUGCCUACUCAGGGAUUUUUAUUCCUUUCUUUGAAUAACUUAUCUUUUGGAGGUAUUUUUAUAUUAUUUGGAAACGUUCCAAUUUUCCAGUUACAGAGUGGCAUCUGUUAUCAGCCAAUGCUCUUUCAUCAACGCUUGCAAUAGUGUGCACAGUGUUGCACAGGAUUUUCAUUUUUCUAUUGCAUAAAAUUAACAUAGCCAUUUUUGCUUUCAAAGUUGGUAUAUAUUGGGCCUUUCCCUGCUAGUGACUUAAAGCAGUUAUUUGUGAAUUUUUUUUUUUACUAAGUAUCAUCAAGAUCUUAAAAAGGGAGAAGAAAAAUAAAAGAGAUUAUUUAUAUGUUAGUGCCAACAUUGAAGGUAAAACAAUCAUACCUUUUGGGAUAAAUUCUAAAAACGACUUUAGAAAAAAAGAAGCAUGCACUUACAAUGAAGACCUUUUUUAUACAAGGCUUGUCAUUUUUUUUAUAUGUUUUCACUGUAAAUUUAAUAUAUGCUCCUUUUAAAAAAGUCAAACUGUAGAGAAUUAUAAAACACAAAUUCCUCUGCUUUUCCUCACCCCUUAUUUUCUAGGGGUGACCACUGUUAAUGAUUUGGUCUAAGUGUCCUUCCAGAUACUUUUUACAAAUAUACAAGUAAGUAAACAAGUGUGUGUGUUGUGUAUCUGUGUGUGUUGGUUUUGUAUGAAGAGAAUAAUAAUAUUCUUACUGCCCUGUGACUAUUGUUCAUUUUACUAUGUAUUGGUGGACAUCCUUCCAUAAAAUCUUAAAUAGAUUUACCUCAUUCUUUUAUAAAUUACUACAUAUUCUGUUGUGGGGCUAUACUUUAAUUUAUUUAAUUAGUCCCCCUUUGAAUGGACAUCCGUAUCGUUUUCCCUUCUCUGUUACAAAGCAUUAGUGAAGAUCCUUUAUAUAUGUAUUUGUCACUGUGUGAACAUUUCCGUAAGUUUUUUAAUUUGGUUUUUAUAUUUGUAAUAAAAUUUUAAUGCAUUUUCAGUGAACGAGAUCAUAGAGAUAAUAUACUUUAGACAAUUUUCUUGGAGAAAGAAUGUGUAAAAUGGCAUAAUUUUUAAAGAAAAGCAUCUUGUGCAGGAUAAUUUCUUCCCGUGCUUGAUUAGCCAAAUAAAUAUCUUGCCAACACAUAAAAGAAAAUUCAUCUUAUUCUAAUAAAAAUAAAAUGCAGUGAGAUGUCUGUAAGAUAAUGUGAGAAAGAUGCAUUGAUAUUUGGAUUGCCUAGUUUUAAAACUUGAGGGAUUUAAAUGAAAUAGCCAAAGUGAUCAUGUUUGUCACAUUUUUUUAAAACACUAUCCAUGUUCAUGCAUGUUGCUCCCCAAAGGAACUUAAUUAUGCCGUUGUGAAAAGUAGGAAGCAAUACGUUGGCAAUUAGGAAUGACCACAGUUAUCCAUAGAAAAAUAAAUUUGACUAUAUGUAAGGCUUGGUGAUUUGUUGGGAUACUAAUAAAUUUGAAAUAAUAUGAAACAUUUAUUUUAUAAUAAAUCUCAUCAGUUCCCUAAGAACUUCUGUAUGUGGAGUUAGGAAGAAGAAAAGGGGUCAAAUCUUUUGGCACAAACAGCAUUCUGUUGCCAUCACCUUGAUUUUCUGAUAGGUGCUAUUGUACCCUUAAGGUAGAACAGACAGGAAAACAAUCAGAGAUCAUUAAACAGGCUACAACCUGAUAUCAGGCUACAACCUGAUAUCGUUAAUUGUACUAUUCUCUGCCAUGAUACCAGGAUUCAGUGGUGCCUGUCAGGAAAUUCCCUGUCCUGCACCACCCCCGAUCUCUUAAAUCCUAAGUCCCCAGAUGAGUCUUUACUUUUCAAUCCUACCCCCCAAAUGUAUGGCCCAUCGCUCCCCUGAAAGACCUUCAAACUACACUUCCGGUUCCUGGUGAUUCAUCCCCGACCUCUUUUUUCUACACUCCUCUGAGACUCCAACAGCUCCUGCACUAGGAAAGAUGAGAAGAGACGGGGCAGAGGAGGGGGGAUGAAACACUCACUCCAGCACAGGCAAAGCAUUAGCAUUCCUUCUCAACCAUUUUCAAACUUGAGGACAUACCCCCAUCCCCCAACACAUCGAUCCAGUUUCUCCCAUGUUCAACAAUGCAGUUGUUCCAUGCUAUCUGCUCAAUUCAUAAUUAUACAAAAGUUAGUAGCCUAAAUAACAUUAAUUGGUAUAUUUCAUUAAGUACCAAAAUAAAAAAAUUCAUGCCAAAUGCCAUUUUAUAUUUGAAUCUUAUAAGCAAGCUGCACAUAUGCCUUAAUGUCAAUCUUCCCAUUGGACUGUAUGCUUGUCCUCAAAUCUUGUGGCUGAAAUCUAGCCCAGCUAUUGAAAGUAAGCUUACUCAUAGUCAGCUUUAUUGUUUUGUGCUAAUGUCUAUUAUAAAUACAGCCUUAAGAUCCAAUAAUGCACUUUAAAAUAUUUGUGCCAUUUGAGUAAUUUGACAGAGUUGAAGAUACUAAUCAUGAUAUUUUGAGGAGACAGUAGAAUAACUGUUAGCCAAUUUAUGUCACCUCUUUAAAUUUGUUGGGGAGGGGUAGAAUCAGAAGCUAAAAAUUUUAAACAGUAAAACAUACCUGAAAAAGAUGUGGCCAAGUUUCUAAAAUUAUAGUAAGCCUAGAAAUUGGUAUUAGGAUCUGAAACAUAGCAAGUAAUUAAUAAAUGUUACCUAAUAACCUAGUUGGAAUGUUUGUUUAAAACGUUAACUUUUACUGCAAGUUUUAAUGGCAUUUUCAUUUUUCAUGAAAUCUAUAACAUUAAAAUCUAUAAAAAUAAAAAAUGAAAUCUCUAAAUUCUACUGACUAGUAAUCAACACUACCAUUAACAGCCAGUUUGAACAUAUUUUAUUUUUCAGAUCAUUGUAUUUUAAUUGACAUUUUCCUCCUCCUUUGGAAAAUAAGUUGCAAAUCCCAUUUUAGUAUGAAUAUCUAUAAUUAUUACUUUAAUAAAACUGAAAUAAUGUUAUAGACUCAUUAAAAAAAUAGUCUGAACAAAAUCACAGUUCCAAAUUUGGGGAGUAUUCAAGAUUGUGAAAUGGUACCUUUUCAAUGCAAACCAAGGAUAUAAACCUUUAAAACAGAAAGGCACUCCUUUGUAGCGCUGGUUUAGAGGGUAGAACUAAUACUCAGUUCAUAGCCAGCUGUUAUGUGGGGCUUUUAUUGUACAUCACUGUUCUGGGGCUAGAACUGUAGUCACCUUUAUCAAAACCCAAGAAGCAAGAGAGUCACAAUAGUGUGAGACUUGUAACUGUCUGGAGCAUUAGCUGAAGCCUCCGUAUAUCACAUACUUUACAUAUCCCUAUACGUAGUGCUAAUUUUAGCAGCAUGUAAUUAUGCAUAUUCUGAACUAUAUUCUUUUUUUGGCUAAGAAGUGACUAUUUUGAGAAAAACAAUAUAGAUUUAAAGGCAAUAAAUCAAAAAAAAAACCCAUGGAAGAUUGCUACUGCCUUUUUUUUUUUUGCCACUUCCUUUUAGCUUAUAAAAGAAAUUCUAGUAGAUGUAUUUAACUCUGAAUCACUUAGAUUGCACAGUCUUAAUAGCAUAGAAAUUUUUUUGUUUGUUUUUCAGAUGUAUCUCACAUUUUUGUCACUCUAUUCCAUCAUAUUAAAUGACUUUCUUCCCGGCUUGUUAAAUGACACAUAAUUCAACAUCAAGUUUCUGUUUUCUUUUUAGAUUUCCUAUUUAUCUUGCUUUUUUCAUCUGCAGUCCCCUAUCCCAUCUUGACCAAGUGUGGGAUGAAUUCUGUCUCACCAUUAACUCUUGACUCUAAUGAAAUAACAUUCAAACUGAAAGGACUCUAUAAUUUGGCCUGCAUAGUAAACAUAAUUUAUCUUGGUUUCUUUCAUCUGUAAGUUGAAGCAUCUCAGGAUACCUGGAACACUGUCCCUCUUCUUCAUAGGGGUUGGAGAACCCUGCCCAGCCCUCUGACAAGAAGUAAAAUGAAUGAAAAGAUGUCAGUUGGAUCAGAGAGCCUAGAAAUACUCUACAACCAAGCUUCAUGAAUAUUGUAAGGUCCAUAUUGUGUUUUCAUAUUGGUUGGACAGAAAGCAUUUGUGGUCAAUCAUCCAGUCUGACCACAAGUCAUUCUUGAUGCAUCCAGGAUGGCCAGAUGUAUGGUUUGGGGUCUUUGUUUUAACAGAAAGUCCUACAGCUUAGCUUAGGGCUGGUUAAUAAUAGUGUAGCAUUUGUAUGUAAGACUUGACCAUGGAUUCUUACUCCAUAAACAUUAUUAGACUUUUUGAUUAUCUAAAGUAGAUGGCAUUGACUAUAACUGAUAAUCAGCCCUAUUCUAGAGAAACCAUGUGCCAUUUGCAAAUGUUCUACUUUUUCAUAUGACUUAGAUAUAAGCCACACUCAAGAUAUAGUUAGUAUAGGUUUAUUAUAUGAUAUGGAAAAGUUCAAGGGAGAAUCAAACUUGGGUGUUAAAAAGCCUCAAAAAUUGCUCAGAUAAUGUCACUUCAGUUUCUUCCUUGUAUCUGGCAGGUCAUUGACUGCUGGAGGUCAUUGAUUCCAUGUAAAGUUAGGCGGUCACCUCAUGCCCCAGGUGGAGAAGUAGUCUCAAUAAUACAGCCAAGUUCCUAAAAAUAAUAUUUUUCAUUAACGUAUUACUUCCUCUGUGUCCACAUAUUACAUUUUUAUUGUUUCUAAAUAUUUGAUAGAAAUAUCUGAUUUUUUUCAGUUUAUACAAAAUUAGCAUGCUUUAUGUUCCUUUAUAAAUAAAAUUCUAGAUAAAUUAUAAAUUUUUAUCAGCUGAUUCCAAACCCUUUUUCUAAGGCCAUGUUUUUAAGUUCUGUACAGCAACAGAUUAAUUUUGUUAUUUGAUCAUUUUCAUCAUAAUUAAAAUUCUAUAGAUGAUGGUGAAAAAAGUAAACCAAACAUUUCAUAUGAAACCUAGAACACUAACUGAUACAUAUAUAUAUAACUAUUUACCUUGACAAGGACAAUCUUUUACAGAUUUUUAAUAUGAAAAUUAAUUGACAGUCUUGUUGCUUAUGAAAGAGAUUUUUAACUUAAUAAAUAGUAAAUUCUGAGAGGUCACAGAAUAACUGUGUAGAAGGAACACAAACACAGUAGCAUAAAAAUGUUAACACAUUAUUUAUUAAAAAGCCACAACAGUUGGUUGUCUUGUUUCUAUUUUAAACAAAUUGAUUAUCAGAUAUAUUCGUGAAACAAAUAUAUUUAUAUGUAUAUAUAUAUUGCAAAACUGUGGGGCUAUUAUUCACAUUCUCUUUUUCCACAAAGAAUUUAAAAUGCUAAAAAGAAAAAUGUUUGGGUGUUUAAUCUCAUUACUGUAUGUUUAGAAACUGCAGUUCUAAAGAGUAUUGUCAUCUCCUGAUUGAAUUACAAGAAUAUAUCCCAUUUUAAUUACAUUCUGACAAAUAAUUGCAAAUAAGAAUUUCUUAAUUUUAAGAUGAAUGACUUUAACUAGUACUUUGUAUGAGAUCUUGUCCAUAGUUUCAUUAUAUUACAUGUUUUUCAUUUUCUGUAAAAUAUGUAGCCACUUUCUAAAUAAUAUGUCAUAAUAUUUUCCAUAUUUAUAUACAAGCCAGGUUGAAAAGAGAUUUUCUUUACUUUUUCAAUGAUAUUGGAAAAUAUUUAUGUAAUUUUAUUUUUUAACUUUUUCUACAUUUCAUUAGUCAUACUAUUAACUUUGGUAUUCAUAAAACUAUGUGGAGGAAACCAUUUUGAAUAUAUUUUAAGAAAGAAGCAUGUAGAAAUAAAAUUUUAAAAAUAGAAAAUAUUACUAAUACCUUAUGUAGAAAUCCAUAGAAGAAAAUUGGAAAGGAAAAAACAAAGUCUGUGGCGAUGAAAAUGUUAAAAAAUCAGGAGUAUUUAAGACUUUAAUUUCUUACAUUUUUAGAGUAAUCAACAUUUUAUUUCCAAAUGAUUAUUUAAUGCUGCCAGUUCCAUGAAUUAUGCUUUUAGCAUAAUAUGUAAUUUCCCCCGAUAUUUUAGUGUUUUUACAUUAAUUACUGAAAAGGAAAGAAGAAAUUAGUGAAUAGAAGUCAGGGGAAACUAGGUUUAUUUCCAUUUUCCAAUAGCACUAAUGCAUAGUCCCUUUAACCUUCCAUAUGGUGCUUUGUGUGAUGAGAGUAUAAAACAUUUAUAUACAUUAUUAGUGCCUUAUUUUUUUCACUUGACUUUAUUUCUUAUCUAAAGAGCCAUAAUUUUUUUUUGUGAGUGUUCCUUGAUCCCUCUGUUUAAAGUGCUGAUGAGACAGUGUAUCUUUAGGAAUAUACAUAGAGAGACUGCAUUCGCUACUUUCAUUCACUGUAUUAUCUCUAGAACAGCAGGUUAGCCGAUAUAUUUUUCUUAAAUUCAUUGCUCAUUUUUAAGCUAAGUAUUUUUUAAAAGAAUAUUGAAGCCAUUAUAAUUGAAUUGUGUUUUUAAACCACCAAAAAGAAUACUGAUUAUUAAAGUUUAAAAUGGGAGUUAGAAUGGCUAUCAAUCUUUAUAGCUCCAAUUAGGACAAAAUUACUUUACAAAAAGUAUUAGAAAUAAAAGUAAUUAUAUGGUACUUAAAGAGUUUGACCCAUUUCCUGCCUUUGUCUGUGGCAAUAUUUUAUCUGUAAUCUACUUCACACGGAUGCUGAAGAAUGAUGGUGUUUGCUAUUUACACAAAGUUAUUCAUUCGCAGUGGGCUUUAUUGACAUUGAGACAUUUUGUACAAUAUAUUACCUUGCUCUUCUUGGUCUUUGUCUUUGUCUUUUGUGUUAGUUUUAUACAAAAAGCUGGUUUUGUUGUAUUCUUUAUGUAGCAUAGAAUAUAACUCAACUUUUCCUGAUGAAUGUAUAAUGAAUAAUUAAAAUAAAUCAUGUGCUUAGAAAAGACAAAGACACAGGUUGUAUAUGCAAAUAUGUGUAAAUAUUUGACAAAGAAAAAAGAGGAAACAAAUCUUCCUGCCAACAGAUAAGUCCUGCUGGACAGGACGUGGAAAUUAACAGAUCUUUUUUUUUUUAAGCAGUGAAAUUAAAAAAUCUAUUACCUCAAGAAUUUUCAGUGGAUAUGUAUCCAUGUACUGCUCCUUCUUCAUAAAUACAAUCUCACCUGCUGCUGGCGGUAAAAGCAACCCAAGUGUCAGAUCACACAAAUUUUAAGGACAAAUCUUUCAAAAGAUGGAUACCUUGUGAUGUUUUCGAGUUCGAUUUUGAACUUCCGGUAAGGUCUCUGUGGCUUUUUGUUGUGGUUGGGCUUUGUUUAAUUGUUUCUGGUUGAUUGUUUUAGAAUGGAAGAGUAAUCUUACUCCUGAGAUUAGAUCUCAUGGUGGGGUAUAACGACAUUCUUUCUGCUUGGAUGAAAACUAUGAUGAGAAUCAACUACUUUGGUUGUCACUGUAUGAACUGUUGUAUGGAUUCCUGUGGAGUGCUGUUUACUUGCAUGAUGUGUGCAAGACAUGUGCUGCAUCAUCUAGCAAUGCCUAAUAAAAGUUUUUAAAAGAGAAGA